ACUUGUUCCCCAUCACUAAGCAAUUCUCUGGAAAAUCGUCCGUCAUUUUGCACAUAACUUUUCCGACAGUAGUCAGUUUUCAUAAGCCAACAAUGUUCAAGAUAUUGCUUUCGCCAAUUGCUGAAGUCAACAGCCAGGAUGAGCUCUCUCCUCAGGUCAACAACUUCCAAGGACCGUCUUUGAAGCGGAAACGCAGGUCGCACAGCUUCUCGGUUUCCUCCGGCAUUCUGGAGAGAUUGGGUUUGCGGCAAAUGAGGAAGCGCGUUAAGCUGGAGGACCCUGAUGAGAGAUCUCUCAAAAGAUCUCCCAAAGCGAAGGCCAAGUCGGAGGAGAAGAGACUGGCCCCAAGCAUAUUGCGUAAGAAGUUUGGAAUCCGCGUGUCUAGUAUUUGGACCAAUGCUGGCUACGUGAUGGUGAUCAGGGAGCCCAGGAUGCCCAGCGUAGAAAUAAUUUAUUCCAGUUCGGGCAGUUGGUUCGAGAAGCGCUAAUUGA